AAUAACUGAUCAUGAAACACAGGUUCAUUACUUAGGAAAAAAAUGCAGAAUGAACUGAUUCAAAUCCCAGCAAAUGCCAUUAAAAAGAAAAUUGUAGAAGCUGCCCAUUCUGCAAAAUAAUUUGCAAUAAUACUGGACUGUACACCCGAUGUGAGUCAUAUUGAACAAAAGACGAUGAUCAUUCGUUUUGUGGAUACGGAAAAGUCUGCAGAUGAAGAUAAUGUUGAAAUGCUCAUAAAGGAACAUUUUUUGGGUUUUGUACCACUGAAGGAGACGACUGGAGCAUUUAUGACUGAAACGAUUUUACAAGAUCUUGAAACAAUGUCAUUAUCUGUUGAAAACUUACGUGGCCAAGGCUAUGAAAAUGGGAGUAAUAUGAAGGGUAAAGACAAUGGUGUGCAAAGGAGAAUGAUGGAAAUCAGUCCUAGGGCCUUUUUCAUUCCUUGCAAUGUGCAUUCUCUGAAUUUGGUUAUCAAUGAUGCUGCUAGAUGCUGUUUGGAGGCAAGGAGUUUCUUGGACCUGGUGCAACAUGUUUAUGUGUUUUUUCUCAGGCUCAACACGCCAUUGGGAGAUUCUUAUUUGCCAUGUGAAUUCUCUAACUGUGAAACCACUUAGUCAGAUAAGAUGGGAGAGUUGCAUUGUUGCUUUGAACACUUUUCGCUAUGAACUUGGAAACAUUUACAAUGCCCUAAUUGAAAUUUCUGAUGAUACUACCUUUACUGGAUCAUCUGUCAAACGUUCAGAUGCAGAAGCUCUUGCAAAUGGCUUUUCCAAGUUCAAAUUUGUGACUUCACUCAUUUUGUGAUAUAAUAUCCUUUUCGAGAUUAACCUCAGUUGUAAGCAGCUUCAGGAAAAGAACCUGAACAUACAUUCUGCUAUUCAAAAACUACAGAAAACUAAAAAUAUUCUGGAGGAAUUCAGAAGUGAUGAAGGGUUCGAAAAACACUGGUAGAUUCUCUCGAGCUUGCUGAAGAAAUAGACUUUCCGACAGAAUUUGAGGCAGAGCCCGUUCGCAUUCGGCAAAAGAAACAGCAGUUUUCAUAUGAAGGACGAGACACACCCAUUCAGAACCCAAAGCGAAGUUUCAAAGUGAAUUUGUACUUCGCAGUUCUUGAUACUGCUAUUCACUUGGUUGACGAAAGAUUUCAACAGAUGCAGCAGCUAGAGUCAGUAUUUGGCUUUCUAUAUGAUAUCCACAGCUUGCAAAAGAAAACAGCAAAAUAGAUAAGAGAAUUUUCCAUAAAACUGGAGUUGGCAUUGACUCAUGAAAAUUCAAAAGACAUUGAUGCUACAGAUUUGUGUAGUGAGCUUCAGGCUUUUCAAGACAACUUAAGAAACAUUACAUUCCUUUAGAAGUACUGAACUUUGUUUGUGAAAAUAAACUCUCAGACAGUUUUCCAAACAUUUUAAUAGCUCAAUGCAUUCUUUUAACUUUGCCAGUUUCCAUAGCUAGUGGGGAACAUAGCUUCUCAAAGUUAAAAUUGAUCAAACAUACCUGCUUUCAGCAAUGGUGCAACAGAGACUUGUUGGACUUUCAACAAUGUCUAUAGAGCAUGAAAUAGCUGGAAAAUUGGAUCUAAGGGUAUGUCAGAUUGGCGGGUAGUGAUCGAUCUAUCGGGGGUCGAUUUAUCACAUCUAGUCUUGAUGCGAUAAAUCGAUCCCCAAUCGCUCUGCUAAGUGGAGUCGACAGGGGAGCGGCGGCCGUCGACCCUACGCCAUGAAGAUGCCGCAGUAAGUCGAUCGAGGUAUUCACGUAGCUGAAGUUGCAUACCUUACAUCGAGCCCCACCACCCCUCCCAGUGUAGACCAAGGCUAAAAGAACUAGUGUCUGAAUUUUCAAAACUUAAACGAAAAGUCAUGUUUUAAGAGCACAGAGUGUUUUUUAUUCAGAGUGUUUUGUAAAUACAGGUUAAAGUUCAUUGAAGAGUUUUCUUACUUCUUUCUAUAUUGGAUGUGGUGGAAAUGGCAGUUAAAGCAGGAUUGCGUAAUGGAUGAUUUUGGAUUUCUAAUAAUAAAAAUUAUAAUUAACAUUUUUAAUACAUUUUUAUUUGAAAUUGGAAUGAAAUAUCUAGCUGUCAUGUACAAAUCUAUUCUGAAAAUUUCGUGUCUCUAUUUUAUCUGAUCUCAGAAACAUAAGUUGGACAGAAGGAUGGAUGGACAAACCGAAUAAUUAAGCCUCUGUUUAAAAGAAAACGCUUAAAAAACUUUAAAAGGAAAAAAGGGGCAAAAUGUUCCCCAGUUUACUAAAAACUUCAGCCUAGAUCUGCCAUGGGCGUUUGGGGGUGGGGGCGCCAAUUGCAUGGUUCGCCUAGGGCACCACUUGCUGGCAGCUAGUCUAGGGCCACCCCUACAUCCUCAUGUAUGACAGGAGUAACAGACAAUGCUGUCUGUCUAAGUUACAUUUCCCUGGCAGAGCCUAGUUACAAGGGAAAUAUCCACGGGCAACCCCCUCCCUUCCCCCACACACACUGCUCCCAGCUUACAUUGGAUUUUUUUUUAAAAGAGACAAACUCAUGAUCUUUGGGGCUCUCAUUCUUGAGUGUUCAAGGCUAUGCUAGGUCUUGGUCUGAUUUCCAGGCAGGUUUUAGAUCUCAGCCACACUGGAGUCAGACCGGAGUCACUACUGGCUCUGUCAGGGGGUGAGUGUAGAUGGGCCAACGGGAUCAGCCUCUGCCUGCCUGUCCCUGGAGGCUGCUGGGGGAAUCCAGGGCAGCUCAUUCUUCAGGUGCUGCCACCACAGGGCUCUGGUUAUUGCUAAGGGAUAGGGGUUUACACUGAAAUGGGGGGCAAUCCCUCAAAAUGGCCCCUUUGAUUCUGCUCUUUUUCUAGCAUUUGGCUGAGAGAUGCUGUUACUGGGAGGGUCUGAAGAGCCUGGGGGGAAUCAGGGUGUCACAUGGACUGAAGACCCUAAUGUAAACUCCCCCAUCCCCCUUCUUACCCUGACAGGCUAAGGAAUCACAUCCACACUUCGCUCCAGAUCGACCUGUCUUCCAGGAGACAGGGAAGGGAAAUGGCUGUGAUGGAGCCAGCUCAGAUGCUGGUGACCUUCGAGGAGGUGGCUGUGUAUUUCACCCAGGAGCAGGGGGCUCUGCUGGACCCUGCUCAGAGAGCCCUCUAUAGUGAUGUCAUGCAGGAAAACUAUGAGAUGGUGACCUCGCUGGGAUUCUCCAUUCCCAAACCUGAGCUCAUCUCCCGCCUGGAACAAGGGGAAGAGCCGUGGGUCCUGGAUCUUCAGGCCUCCGAGGAAAGAGAGAGCCUGAGAGGGGCCCACACAGGUGAUGAGAGAGUGAGUGAAAACAAAGAGGAGAAUGACCAUGAGGAAGUUCCCGGGGAAGUGGAACCACAGGGGACCUCUGUGCGAAGAGCUGAAGGGAACUUUUCCCAGUGCUGGGAACAGGGAAAAGCCUGGGGAAAUUGGCACAGGUCAGAGAGGCUGCAGGGAAACCACCCAAGGAAGAAAGUGGAUGAAUCUAUUAAAUGUGGGGAAGGAGACAAUAAUCCCACAAACCAGCAGACAAAUUCCAAGGCAGACAAACUCUAUGAAUGCCUCGGUUAUGGGGAAGGAUUCAUUCUGAGAUCACAUCAGACAAUCCAUAAUGGACAGAAACCACUUCAAUGCGCGGACUGUGGGGAAAGCUUCAAUAGUCGCUCAGCCCUGAAUAACCAUGGGAGAAGCCACAGAAGAGAGAAACCCUCUCAAUGCCUAGAGUGCGGGAAAUGUUUCAUUUGGAAAUCAGAACUAAUUAGACAUCAGCUAAGCCACACAGGAGAGAGACCCCAUAAGUGCUUGGACUGUGGCAAAAGUUUCAAACAGAGGUCAGACCUUUUUAAUCAUCAGGCAAUCCACACAGGAGAGAGACCCCAUAAGUGCUUGGACUGUGGGAAAAGUUUCAGUCGGAGGUCAGUCCUUGUUAAUCAUCAGAGAAUCCACACAGGGGAGAGACCCCAUAAGUGCAUGAACUGUGGGAAAAAUUUCAUACAGAGGUCAGACCUUAUUCAACAUCAGAGAAUCCACACAGGAGAGAGACCUCACAAGUGCUUGGACUGUGGGAAAAGUUUCAGUCGGAGGUCAGCUCUUUUGAAACAUCAUGCAUUCCACACAGGAGAGAGACCCCAUAAGUGUUUAGUCUGUGGAAAAAGUUUCAUAUGGAGGUCAGACCUUGUUAAACAUCAGGCAUUCCACACAGGAGAGAGACGCCAUAAAUGUUUAGACUGUGGAAAAAAAUUCAUACGGCGGUCAGACCUUGUUAAACAUCAGAGAAUCCACACAGGAGAGAGACCCCAUAAGUGCGAGGACUGUGGAAAAUGUUUCAUACAGAGGUCAGACCUUGUUAAACAUCAGAGAAUCCACACUGGAGAGAGACCCCACAAGUGUUUAGUCUGUGGGAAAGGUUUCAUAUGGAGGUCACACUUUGUUAAACAUCAGAGAAUCCACACAGGAGAGAGACCCCAUAAGUGCUUAGACUGUGGGAAAUGUUUCAUACAGAGCUCAAACCUUGUUAGACAUCAGGCAAUCCACACUGGAGAGAGACCCCACAAGUGCUUGGACUGUGGGGAAAUUUCACAUAGAGAUCACACUUCAUUAAACAUGAGAGAAUCCACACAGGAUCUAAAGUUCUCUGACUCAGGGACAGAAAGUGUUAAGGAAAUUGCCCGUCAUUGACCUAGAUUCAACCUUUAGAGACAUAUUAGAAAAGUGUGUCCUCGUUAGAUAAACUAGAGCUUCGAAAGGUAAACGUGUAUUGUUAAAGACACGGAAGAAGAUGGUAACUGUAGCAGUCGUUGUAUAGCUAUAUCUUCUUAGAGGUUAACAAUGGAAAUAAAUGGUUCCUGUCUAGGGCUGUAUUCUUUUAAUUCAGAGAUCAAAAGGAAAUAUAAACAUUUAGUUGGUUGGUUGUAA